CACAUUACCAUUGCGGACACCGUUUUGUUGGUAAGCGAUGUAUAAGCACAAGAAAACAAAAGUAAAAGAAGAUUGUUAUGAAAAAGUGCAUUCUGUACACGUUAGAAACGUGUAACUUCAUUGUUUGAAAAUAUAAUAAAUAAAAAAAAUCACAGUUUCUUGAAUCUACAACGAAACUUGACAUAGAAACAACAUUUUUAAGUAAAAAAAUGGGGAAAAUCAAUACAAAAAUGAGUUUUUCAUUAUGAUAUAAGAAACUGUUUUGCUAAUACUAUCAAUACAAUAUACAGUUGUGAAGAUUAAAAAAGUUCCCUGCCGAGUUUCAGUCUAGGUUAAAAAUAAAAAAAACAAGUGGCAAUAUUCAACAAUUUAACAAAGUUUUAAGUUCAAAUAUUAUGAUUACAUGAUUAUCAAUAAAAUAGUUAUUUAGAACCUUGAACAAGAAUAAUUGUAUCUAAUAAAUAUUCCAAUAUUUAUGCUGCUGAAGUGUAUUUUAAAAGCACAUGUGAACGUAAAUAAAAGUACAACUAUACAAAUAAUCGAGCAUGGCAUGCAUUCAAUGCGAUCAAAAUACACUCAAAACUAAACAAAACGAUGGGGAGAACCAAAACUCAACAACACAACCAUCACAUAAUAUUAUAAAUGUACAUGGCACCUCCCAUAAUUCAGAUUCACCACCGAAUCUUGGUUGUAAUGUAAAGUGGUCACCGAAUUUGUCUCCACUUGGAAUCAAUAAACCCAUUGGAUGGAUGGAUGGACUAUUAGGAUGUAUGCGGCCGGUAGUAUCACUUCUCGUCAAAGCAAAUUCCAAUGAUACUAAACCAAAAGUUAUCGAAGAUUGGGAAAUUCAGUUUGAGUCGAUAUCAAACCUUGAGUGGCUUGGAUCCGGUGCACAGGGCACUGUAUUCAGUGGAUAUCUACGAAAUGAAAUUGUAGCCGUAAAAAAAGUCAGAGAUUACAAAGAAACGGAUAUCAAACAUUUGCGACGACUGGAUCACGAGAACAUAAUUAAGUUCAAAGGUGUUUGCACCCAAUCACCAGUAUUUUGUAUUAUCAUGGAGGUAUUUCUAUUUUUGUUCAUACAUAGGGUGUUUCCCAUAUCUGUAAAUAGAAAAUGGUAUUUAUUAGUUCAAAGUAGGCAAAAUUCUAUGGUAAUAAAUGGCAUUUAUACAACGCAUCGAUUGAUGGUCACACUUCCUGAAGCAAAAAACUGUUUUCAAAAUCAAAUGAUACUUACAAUGGAAAAACGCUUGUCUUCGCAUGGCAGCUCGCAAGUGAAUAUUUGGAAGAGCAUUGUCACCACCUGAAUCUCGAUUCAAAUUCACCAUCUAUUGCAUUUAUUGAGGCCGGCCUCUAGCUAGUAUUUCACUUUUUCAAAUAUGAAAAAUGCGGUUCUCGAUUUUAUAAAAAUUUCCAAGGAUUUCGAGGUGAUGACCAAUUGAAUUCUCUAGAAUAAAUACAGCGUAUGAUACGGUCGCACACCAAAGUUUGUUUUUACAUACAUUUUUUGCUGUAUUUUGUAUGGCGGUGUUUCGCUUUGAAAUGCAACCUUUCCAUACGCUGUUUUUAUUCUAUAGCAAUCAAUUGACUAACGUAGAAAACUCUCUAUAAGAGAUAUCAACCUAAUUUUUUGUGACGACACAUUUGAAGGUUCAUACCUCAAUUACAGCACAAGAAUGAUUUGAAAACACUUCUCUUUAUAUGCUAGGCUAGAAACUUCCCUCCUUCUGUACAACACAUACUUCUUUGCAAGUAUCAAUUUCAUGUAUUGUUGUGGUAUUCCAGUUCCGCAUGCCUGAAUCUGUACCUCCCAAUCUUUUGAAUUUGCCCACCCAUGAUGUCCAAUCGACUGGUGCCCGAUUGUGUAUUGCUGGUAUCCUUCUUCUUGGACACAGCAAUUCCAUCGCUGUUUAUCGAAUAGUCAAAUUUCUUUUUGCCGCGCACGAACCACCGAAUUUUACGCAUAUGUGAUCUUUAUUCUCAUUGAAAACCUUUUGUGAAAUAUUUUUUUCACUUGGUUUUCCGCCUUCAGUUAACUGUUUCGGAACCAAUUUUUGGGAAUACAAGAUCUGAUACAUCUUGGAUUCUUGGAUUUGGACGGGGAGCAUACUAGGUCUACUUUCCAGUAAUAUCCAUAGUUUCUCGUUGCUCAGGUUUAUUAACCUAUUGCAAGACUCCCGUUAAGUUAUGAUGCCACUUGACUACAGGGGGCUCUGGUGUGGUUUCUUUGCUUAAUGUUCAAUUGAGCAAAGACCUUCGACCACCAAUAGUGUGAAUUCUUGAAACUCAAACGAGCAAAGACUUUCUACCGACAAUGGUGUGAAUUCCUAAAACCCAAUUGAGCAAAGACAUCCACUACCGAUGAGCACUGCACUUGUCGUGAACACUCAUAACUCUACCACACUCCAGAUGGUGCUGGGUUCCUCUAUUCAAUGUAGGAAUGCUACCACCACUGAUUUACCGGUAUAUUAGUAGUAUGAAAAAGCGGGUUUCAUCCACGUUUAUUAGUAUUAGUGUACACACACACACGCACACACACACCCACACACAUGACCAGACACACACACAGAUACUCUAUUUCUCUCUCCUCUCUCUCGC